ACCAGCAUUAUCUCAUAGGCAAAGCGAGAUUCUCCACAUUUCACUGAAUAUAACACAGAAAUAUAGCCACAGAGAUGGAGCCAGGGUCACCAAUCAGUGCUGUGAGAAGCCAAAGGGUGCUGUGUGGCAAUGACAUUCGCCCUGCCCUCAUCCUUAUCAGAGAGGGGAAAAUAUGUCAGAUUCUUCCAGACACCAGCCUCAAUGUGGACGCUGCAUGUGAGGUUUUGGAUGUGGGCGACAUGCUGGUGAUGCCAGGUAUUGUGGAUUGCCAUGUCCACGUGAACGAGCCCGGCCGCACCACCUGGGAGGGCUACUGGACUGCCACACGAGCUGCAGCCGCGGGAGGGGUCACCACCAUAGUGGACAUGCCUCUCAACAGCAUACCCCCUACCACCACCCUUAGCAACUUCCAGGAGAAGAUGAAAGCAGCCACUGGACAGUGCUUUGUGGAUACAGCAUUUUGGGGAGGGGUUAUCCCAGACAACCAGCUGGAGCUCCAGCCCAUGAUCCAGGCCGGCAUUGCUGGUUUCAAGUGCUUCCUGAUCCACAGCGGGGUGGAUGAGUUCCCACACGUGACCGACAGUGACCUGCACAUAGCCAUGAAGCAGCUGCAAGGCACUGGGAGUGUUCUGCUGUUUCAUGCAGAGAGGGAGGUCGAACAGCCAUCAGAGGAAGAUGGAGAUCCCAGUGAGUACUCCACAUUCCUGAAAUCCAGACCGGACGCCAUGGAGCUCGAGGCCAUCAAGACCGUUGCACAACUCUGCCAGCAGUACCAGGUGCGAUGCCACAUCGUGCACCUCUCCUCCACCCAGCCGUUGGAGGUCAUUCAGACUGCUCGAAAAGCAGGCGCCCCUCUCACGGUGGAGACCACCCACCACUACCUGACCCUCUCAGCUGAAAACAUACCCUCCAAGGCCACUCAGUACAAGUGCUGUCCGCCCAUCAGAGGACAAGCCAAUCAGGAACAGCUGUGGUCAGCGCUGAAAGCUGGUCAGAUUGACAUGGUGGUGUCGGACCACUCCCCCUGCACCCCCGACCUCAAGAGGCUGGACAGUGGGGAUUUCAUUCAGGCGUGGGGUGGGAUCUCCUCCCUGCAGUUUGGCCUGUCUCUGUUCUGGACCACGGCCAGUAAGAAAGGCUUCUCACUGCCUGAUGUGGUGAGGAUCCUCUGCCAGAAACCAGCACAGCUCUGCUGCCUUGACAAGCAGAAGGGAGGCCUCUUUCCAGGUUAUGAUGCUGACCUUGUUAUCUGGGAACCAGAGAAAGUGUUUGAGGUGAAAGAAGAAAACAUACAUCACAAAAACAAGUUAACACCGUACCUUGGCUUCAAGCUGCGAGGGAAGGUAUAUGCCACCAUAGUCCGGGGGAAGAUUGUCUACAAGCAAGGCUCUUUCUCCUCUCAGCCUUUGGGGAAGCAUCUCCUGGUCUCCCAGGCAAAGACACAAGCGUCACUGUGAUAGAGGAUAUGUCUUGCAUUGUACUGUAAUAGUUUACAUUUGAAUAAUUUGCCAAUAAUUCUGAAGCCCACUGUACUUACUAAAUACAAAACAUUGUUAUUAACAUUCUAUUAAUGAGGUUAACUGUGUUGUGGGGUGGCCUGUAGCGGGGUGGUUAAGGUAAACGACUGGGACAGGCAAGGUUGGUGGCUCGAAUCCCAGUGUAGCCACAAUAAGAUCUGCACAGCCGUUGGGCCCCUGAGCAAGGCCCUUAACCCUGCAUUGCUCCAGGGGAGGAUUGUCUCCUGCUUAGUCUAAUCAACUGUACGUCGCUCUAGAUAAGAGCGUCUGCCAAAUGCCAAUAAUGUAAUGUAAUGUGUUGAUAAUGUUUUGAUGUUCAGUGAAAUCUUAGCCAAAAUGCCAAAAUCACAGGUCAACAUCA